AUGCAUCUGACGAGGCCGAAGUCCUCCAAAGGACGAACUAGACCCACUGUAAACCACACUCAGUGUGGAGGUGAUACAGCUAGCACCCAAAACCGACCUAUGACUCCAAAAUGUCCUGAGCACAACAGCUCAGACAGCUACCUGUGCUCCCAGCCCCAGCCCAUGAUAAGGCAGAGCAGCCAGGUGAGCCAGGAGGAAGCGGCCCACAUGCUGCAGUUUGCCUCGGCUCCCCCAGCACUUUCUCUAAACAAGUACAAGGUCCUGCCAUCCAUCGAGAGGAGGCGAUCAGAAGUGCACCCUGGGAGUGGCAUAGAGAAGAAGAUGUCAGAGCUCAAUCUGUGUGAUCACGAUUUCCUUGAGCAACAACAGAGGCAUAGAGAUUCGUAUCUCUCCACAGUCGGAACCAAGAGCAGCCCUGAGAUAGGCAGCAGGGCUGAUGUGCACCGCAAGGUCCUGACCCAGCCGUCUGAUCCAGGCUCUGUGGUGAGCAGCGAGACCCACAAAGAAAGCUCUUUGCUCCUGGCUAUCCGAGCCCCCUGCAGCAGGAGGUUUCAGCAGCACUUUCAGCCCACAGACACUCUGCUCACUCUGAAAGCCAGUGCAGAGGCCAGAUAUGGGACAAGGUAUGAAGAGGCUUGCAUUGAGACCAUGGAUGUGCCACGCAGGACCUUCACAGACCUGAAUAUGACUUUAGCUCAGUGUGGCAUCUUGAACAGAUCAGUGCUGUGUAUAUACCAAGAAGACAGCUUGAAGUAGGAUGUGUUGAGUGGAAUGAAAAAAUUGUAAAUAUGCUGAUAUUCAGGUCCACAAAUAUUUUUUUUCAUUGCUCAAGUUUGAUUUGAUUUGAGGACAUUAUGAGUAGUGUUUUUCUUUAUAGAUGUACAUAAUAUUCCAGGCAGUCGCAAAAAAAUAUCCCUGCUCACCCUAUCUGGUUGUCACUCAUCCACAUAAUGUAAGUGA